AUGCCGAUGCUCCACGCGAGAUUCAUCUGGCACGUCACCGGACCAGAGGUGGUGGGUCCCGUCGAGGGUGACCCUGGGAGUCUGGUCCUGAACUCUGGGCACCCACUCGCGCCCGAGGCCGGCGAGCUCGACGCCAUGCGGAAGCUCUUCGACGCCCGCGAGCGGCGGAAGAACGUCCGCCGGCGCGUCCUGAGCCUCACCGAGCGGGUGGAAUAUUUGGAGAAGGUUGUGUUCGAGGCUGCGCGCAGGCGGCAGGCGAGAGAGGCGCAGCCAGGAGGGGCUAGCGGAGCCGCUGCCGGCGCUAGUGGCGGCGCCGCGAGAGGCGCGGGAGCGCCUGGGCGCGGGCAGCCGCGGGAAGCUGGGCCGCCCGGGCGCGGGCAGGACCCGCGCUCGCGCUGGGCCGGCAGCGGCGGUGCGCCUGGCUUCGACGCCGACGCGGCGUUGGAGGAGAGCUCAAGAGGCAGAAGGGAAUGCGGUGACGCGGCCCAGGAAGGACUGCGCACGACGGACGUCGGACGCGUGCUGCCCUUCCCUCCCUCUUCUCCGCGACCGCCCUGCACUUCCGUUUCCCUUAUAACCCCCUGGCCGCCUCCAACGUUCCCUCCUCUCGUGCGGUGCUCGAUUGGCCGCUCAGUGCCCCCGAGCUGCCCGGCCGACCUGCGCGUUCGCCGGAUCAGUGGCAGAGGAAGUGUUGGAAGGGUGAGCUGA